AAAAAGACGUGAAAGAUACAUGCGCUAUUUCAAAGAUAUAUUGGAACAAAACGAACGGUGUAUUUUCUUCGUCGUAUCAUCUUUAUUUAACUGCAAUAGCGGAAAACCUUACGGACUCUGAAAUCAAACAAAAUUACAAAUGUUGGCACUUAUAAAUACGUCGAAAUCGACGUACCUCGAUAUUGACAGUGAAGGCUUCAAUACCGCGUUGACAUUGUCGAACGAGAAGACAACGGUAGAGCAGAGGAAGGAACGUCGGGAAGUCGAGGACAACGCGUGGACGAAGAGUCUUCAACUUUUGAGGAUCAGAGGUUCACCGCAUUUGUUGCCGGAAGAUAUACUAACGUUGGUGAAUCACUGUCGAUGUCUUCGCGAAUUAUCCAUGUCUUAUACUUUAUUAAGCGACGAUUUACUGAUGGCUUUGUGCACCGAAAAAGAAAUCAAUUUGGAGACAUUAAAAAUAGAAAUACAUUCUGAAACAAGACCACUUCCUGUUAUCGAUGAAAAAGUGUGGACAACAUUCGUCGAUCGGUUUCCAAACAUCAAUCUCGUUUUAUUGUCUUACAUAACUGAUGAAGAAGAACACGAAUCCCUUUUCACAUCACAUAUUCCAGUGACGCACUUAUAUUUUGGAGAAGCGCCAUCGGAGUCAAUAGCAUUGAGAAUUCAUAGUUAUUGUCCGCGAUUAAUGGAACUGGUUAUAGCUGCUUACGGACCUGGCCUUAUUGAUGAUGUUUUAAUUAACGUUGCUAGAGGAUGUCCUCAUCUUAAUGCCAUUGGUUUGGGUGAUUGUGAAAUUAGUUGUACGGGUCUUCUAGAAUUUGUUACCUUAUGCGCCGAACGCUUAAAAAUACUUUAUAUCCGGGAGACAUCUUUAAUAGAGAAUUCAGAAUUGGAUGUCUUGGAUGUAACAGCCAAGGUUUCUUCUCUCCUUGGAGACACUUGGGUACCUGAAUAUAUACCUUUAUGGUGAAAUGAUUAAAUAACGAGAAAUGUUGAAAUAAUAAGGAUAAAUGACGUUAAUUUAAAACGUUAUGCGAUGUGAUAAAUGAUACGUACGAGAAAACUAUACGUAUAAGUGAUAAUCAAAACCCAAGGAUAUCUGUUUUUUACUUUUUGUACCGAUAAGUUAUUUAGGCUAUAGAUCAUUGAAUAAUACAAUGUACAUACAUAUUGUUUGUGUUAGAAGUUUGCAGUAUUUUUAACUAUAAAAAUGUCAAUGUAUUAAUACUAUUUUAAUAUUUAAGGCCAAUAAUAUUCUGUAUUUCAUUAUGUGUUUAGUGUUUUCAGUUU